AAUACAUCAAGCCGUUUCCUGCGGGACCUUACGACGGCAGGCUCGUUGCUGGUCGAAAAGAAGAGCAGCAAAAUUCAUAAAAGCGCCAUCAGUCGAAUGUGAAUACCAUCAAUAAGCGCAUAGAGAAUAUCGUCAUGCGUCUUCAGCAUGAGAAAAAGCCUGAUCAGCUGAGGACACUUCCUUGCUGCGGCGUCGCAAACUCGUACUCUUCCGCCGGCGCCGGCGGCGAAUGGUUCGUCACGAACUACAACAUUGUAUACACGAUUGAAACGCCAACGGUCUUCACCCUCAGGGAACUCUUGAGCCAGAGCCACAGCAACAGGUCAGAGAUGAAAGAACGGAAAAUUCGGGGAGCCAGAACGGGCAUUGCCCUUGGGCGACGAUUUUUCAUCGGUCAAACGCUCGCCUCCGCCGUCAUGUGUCUCCAUCUCGCUGGUCGGCUCCACAAGGCAAUCCGGAGUGAAAAUAUCCUCUUCUUCGGUGACAACAUGGCCGACGCGGGAACCACUCUACCUUACCUCGUAGGGUUUGGGUACAGCCGGCCCGAUGCACCAGACGAGCGCAACGAGGACAUUGUCGACAAAGACGAGUGUGUGUAUUAUCGUCACCCUGACGCUCACUUCGUCCCCGUCGCCGACUUGCAGCAGCCUUUGGGCGGAGCAGGACGCUACUCGAAGAUAUACGACAUCUAUAGCCUAGGGGUUAUAGGCCCUAGAAUGAUGAUGAAAGAGAGUAAAGAGCCGAAAGCUUUCGGCUGACUUAUACCAUGGCGGGCUUAGGUAUUCCACUUGGUUUCACCGAGUCUCCACACCUCUGCAAUCUUCUCCCCUUCAUGAAGUGGAAAGUACAUCCAAAUCGAACUGGUUUCAAUGGAGGAGUGGCCUAUAAUGUAAGUGGCGAGGUCGUUUGCUUCUCCUCGGAGGCAACGCUGCGUAUCGAAAGGCUCUGUAACGCAUUAAUUCUCUAGGAAGAAUAGAAUACCAUGGGGCAGACUUACAUCCCUUUUACACC